UCCCUGAAACCGAAUCAAAGUGACGGGUGACUGCAGUUUAUUAAGAAAAAAAUCAGCUUUACAGAUUUAUCUCUUCUGCUUAACUGCUUUUGACUUACGGAAGGCAUAAAAAAUCCACAUUCCCUGUGGUUAUUAAAUAAAGAUCAUCUUGCUCACAUUCCUGACAAAUUCUCUUCUUUGAUCCAGAGUGAAGAUGAAGAAGGCCCUUGUCAUAAUGAUCGUACUUUCUUUUCAUCUGCCAGUUUCACCUGAAAGCUUAAUUACUCAGAAGGUAUGUGUGGGAGAGAAAGCUGAACUACCGUGCAACUUUAAAGUGGCAAAGGACUUCAUGGACAUGGUUUUAAUGUAUAUACAGAAAGAGGUAGUAGGAAGAGAUGAAGUCGUGUAUGAGUAUUCAUAUGGUAAGGAAAUCAAUACAAGCCAAAACGAAAAAUAUAAAAAUCGAUCAGUCAAGGUACUGAACAAUUUUACCGUACACCUGAAAGAUAUUACCACAGAGGACAGGGGCCGUUACAAGUGCAUUAUCCUUCAGAAAACUGACAGUGGUUUGACUAUGAUCCAUACCUCUACCAUCGAUCUGGAAGUUUAUGCACUUUACAGUGAACCACAGGUACUCAUGGAACCAAAUGCUGGCAUCCAGUAUGGUGACUUUGUAAAUCUUACUUGUAAUAGCAAAGGAGGUUACCCACAAGCAGACAUCCUGUGGACUGUUAUAUCUGGAAACGUUACACUGAAGGUCAUACACAGAACUAAAACUGUACCAUAUGGAAAAAAUAACACCUCUUAUUACUUAAACAGCACCGCCAUGAUUCAUGUUACUGAAGAUGCUGUCAUCACAUGUUCGGUUGAACAUUCUGCACUGUAUGAAAUCAAAACAUCUGUCAAUUACUCAUUGCAUGUGUCACCUCCACUGACUAGUCACCCUAGCCCUACUGUCUGGAUUGCAGUGUUAUUUCUAAUUAUUUUAUUAUCGGUGUUGCCAGUUAUUUGGUUUAUGCGGAAGAAACAAUGCAGCAAAAAAUCAUAUCAUUUUCCAGUGACUAGAAGGAACAAGCAGCCUGUGAAAAUAACAGCUGAUGUAGGAGAAGAAACAGCAGAGAAACUCGAAGGUGCAGAAAAUAAUUACAUAGCUGAAUAUGUGGAAUUGGAGAUGCCACUGAAAAUGGACACCUAGUGCCAGCUUGAUUUUUAGUCAGCAACUAUGUUUUACAGUGGAGAGAGUUUAUCAGAAAUAAUGUGGGUGACAAAGGAAUUCUUCAGUUUUUAAUGGCUUCAUGAAUAAGUCUUGUUCAAUUUAGUUCCUGUCAUGGAAUCAAAGAUCAAAUGGCAGUGUAACUCCUACCUUAACAGAUAUACUGAUAUUAUGAGAUCACUGUUUCCAGAGCAUAUGCCCUUCAGUAUUCUAAACUAUUCCCUCCACUUUUUUUUCUUCACACCUUCUGAGUUGGCUGUUGAGUACAGUGAAUAACAGUUUUUCUGCUUAGCUGCAGCCGAUGAUGGAGCAAUGAUGGAUGUUAGAGUUAUGUAAUCAGUCUUAACAGCUGACUCAAUCACUCUAUUCAACUGUAGGAAAAGCAUUUGGUGAAUGAAAGAAAGGUAUUAUGCAUGACCCCUUUGAGAGUAUACGGUGCAGUUCUAGAGACAUUACAUGUGUCAGAAUAUUAACAGAAUGAUGGUAUUUACGAUAAGAGUAGCAAGAACUGUUUUCAAUCUUCUUCACCAGAAUUCAUGCAAAGUGCAAAGGAGAUCACAAGAGCUUGUUGUUUACCUUACAAAGGUGGAGAGGAAACAUGGCUGAAACAAUUAAGCAUCUUAAGAAAAAUCCUUAAAGUCCAAUGUGUUUCUAUAGUUCAGUAAAACAAAUGAAUGAAAUUAAGAAGACACAGCUCAACGAUGCAAAGCGAAUGGUUUAAUUAUGCGAUUUUGUGUGUGUGUGUGUGUGUGUGUGUGUGUG